UUCAUCAAGAAACCCCAAGAUUCCAUCAUCAAACAAAAGGGAAAAGAGUUGAAAGUUUUUGGAGGGGAAGAACACCACCAUCACCAUCAUCAUCAGAAGAAGAAGAACCAAUUCCCUUCAUCAUCAGGUUUCUUGAAGAUAUUUGAAGACCAAUUUCAAGAUUUUCUUGAAGAAAUCAGGCGAAAAAGAGUUGGGUGUUUUUCGUUUUUUCAAGAUUUUCUUGAAGAAAUCAGGUGAAAAGAGUUUUGGGUGUUUUCCAUUUUCAAGAUUUCUUGAAAAAGAUCAAAAAGAAAAACCAUGAAGUCUUCUCAUCUGGAUAAUAUCCCAUCAACACCUGGGAAAUUCAAGAUCGAAAAAUCCCCAUACAGUCAUAGAUUCAGAUGGCAUUAUUCGUAUUUAGCAAAGCUCACAUUUUGGAGUUUUGUGUUCUUGGCAUUAAUCUUCAUUUUCUUCUUCAAAUCUCCACCGUCAUCAUCGCCAUACUCAUCAAUCUCCACAACCCCUUCAGAUCUCUCUCGCAGAUCCCUAAAAACCAGUUCUUGGGGCGGACCCGCUUGGGAAAAACGGGUCAGAUCAUCCGCCAAGGUCCGUUCGAAAACCGGGUUUUCCGUCUUGGUCACCGGCGCAGCCGGUUUCGUCGGAACCCACGUCAGCGCCUCCCUGAAACGCCGUGGCGACGGCGUUUUAGGGCUUGAUAAUUUCAACGAUUACUAUGAUCCAUAUCUGAAAAGAGCUCGUCAAGCUUUACUCGAAAGAAGUGGGAUCUAUAUCGUGGAAGGAGAUAUAAACGACGUCGCAUUGCUCAAGAAACUCUUUGAGGUAAUCCCUUUUACUCACGUUAUGCAUUUAGCAGCUCAAGCUGGUGUUCGAUACGCCAUGGAAAACCCAAAUUCUUAUAUUCAUAGCAACGUUGCUGGCUUCGUGAAUCUUCUAGAAGUUUGUAAAAGUGCAAAUCCACAGCCUGCAAUUGUUUGGGCUUCUUCUAGUUCUGUUUAUGGAUUGAAUACCAAAGUUCCCUUUUCCGAAAAGGAUCGAACCGAUCAACCUGCGAGUCUUUAUGCCGCCACGAAGAAGGCUGGCGAAGAAAUCGCGCAUACUUAUAAUCAUAUUUACGGUCUUUCGUUAACGGGUUUACGGUUCUUUACUGUUUAUGGACCUUGGGGAAGGCCGGAUAUGGCUUAUUUCUUCUUUACUCGCGAUAUCUUGAAAGGAAAAGCGAUUCCCAUUUUCGAAUCGGCGAAUCACGGAACGGUGGCUCGGGAUUUUACGUAUAUCGAUGAUAUUGUAAAGGGUUGUUUGGGUGCUUUAGAUACCGCGGAAAAGAGUACCGGAAGUGGCGGAAAGAAGAAACGGCCGGCGCAAUUGAGGGUUUUUAAUUUGGGGAAUACGUCGCCGGUUCCGGUAUCGGAUCUCGUUAGCAUUUUGGAGAAACUGUUGAAGGUGAAAGCGAAAAGACGUGUGAUGAAGUUGCCAAGAAAUGGGGACGUGCCCUUUACGCACGCGAACAUUAGUUUCGCGCAACGGGAGUUUGGGUACAAGCCGACGACGGAUCUUCAAAUGGGGUUGAAGAAAUUCGUGAGGUGGUACGUGAGUUACUAUGGUUCGGGAAAGAAGAGUGAUCACUGAGUCACGACUCUGCUGAGUUAACACGGCUGCGGUGGCAAGUUCUGGGGCUCCAAGUGGUAAACUUAUUCUCGAAUCCUUAUUCGUUUUGAUAUUCACAUGAUUGUUAUGUUAUCUUGUUUUCGACUAUUCGUAUAAGGAAGUCGAAAAAGAGCGAUAUCCCACGAAGAUCAAGAUUUUCUUUUGCUUUUCUUUUCUUCACUCUUUUGUGGUUUUCAGGGGGGCUUUGAUUUGUACCAAAAGGAACUCAAGAAAGAUCUUGAUUCAUGGGAAUGUAAUUGUUGUAGCAUUAUUAUUGUAGGGAUUUCAGGACUAAUAGAGCAAAUUUGCUUUCAUUGGUGGGCUUUUGUAUCAUUUUAUGGAAUUCAAAUAAAUAGAACACAAUAGUUUCAAUGUUA